UUCAUUUAAAAGCACUUUGCUUCUGAUACACAUGCCUUUGAGAGUCAGAGAUUCAAACAUCUAAAGAUGCCUGUCGACUACAGCGGGACAUGGGACAUUGUCAGCAAUGUCAAUUUUGAGGGAUACAUGGUUGCACUUGGCAUUGAUUUUGCAACUCGGAAGAUUGCCUCAAUGUUGAAGCCCCAGAAAGUGAUUAAGCAAGACGGAGAUUGUUUCACAAUCAAGACAUUCACUACAUUCAAAAAUUACGAGAGUUUGUUUAAAAUUGGAGAAGAGGUCAAAGAGGUGACUAAAGGGAUGGACAACAGGACAUGCCACACUGUGGUCAACUGGGAAGAUGAUAAGCUGGUGUGUGUUCAGAAGGGAGAAAAGAAGAACCGAGGGUGGACUCACUGGAUUCAUGGAGAUGAGCUUCAUCUGAACAUGUCCCUCGAUGGAGACGAGACUCAGCAGAGGUUAAAGGCAGCGGUCCAUUACACCGUUGGUUGCCUGUGUCAGAGGAUGGGAGACGAGCACCGGAGACCGUUCAGCCGACAAGUCGUGGCGGCGAUUACCGAGACCGCGUUCAGACAGUGCGAUGUAUUUGCUAAAGACCUGGAGGCCUUUGCAAGGCAUGCUAAAAGAAGCACGGUGUCUCCGGAUGAUGUAAAGCUUGUAGCCCGCCGUAGUACCGCCUUGUCUGUCUACAUACAUAAUAAAAGUGAAGAACUGAUCCAAGAGCAGAGGGAUUUGAAAAAGAAGAAUACUGGGAAGAGGAAAAGCAGAGACACUGAGGAGGAGAGCAGAGAAUAAGGACAGAACACCGGCAGAGCUGCCGGGUCGCACUGGUUGCCAACAUUCAAAUGAACAAUAAAGUUUACUUAUACAUGAUGACAAGUUACGUGUCAAUGGUGCCAUAGCCAUGAUUUUAUGGAAAUGAUCCAUUUCAACUGUCCAGGGUUCUACAAAAUAAAUCUUUGUUACAUUUUGAA